CUCGCGGCGAGUCACGGGGUUGCACGGGGUCUUCGAAGUUGAACUACCGUAAUCGCUCGCCCGUUUGUCGUUGACCAAGUGAAUCUGACCAUUGUCGAGUGCAUUCCGAGGAUUUCGUGCACUGUCACGCUCAGCCUCCUUCGUUUACAGUGUAUUUAUUAACAACGCCGUUGUUGCGGAGUGAGGUUUUUUUCCAAGGGCGGUACAGAAAUCCGCAUUUGAGCGAGCUCUAGAAGAGAGCUCACCGUUUUAAUGGCCAUCGACGAGGAUGAAGGUGUAGCCCGCUCCGAUGGGGACUCCGUCGUGGAAAAUACACAGGAUACUCGGGAAAAUGGCCAACUGGUCGUGGCGGACCAGGAAAACGGCGAGAGAGACGUUAACGCGGAAAUCGAGGAGCAAAGAAAGAAGUAUCAGCCAACAUAUAUGGAAUCGUUUUUUGCCAUUACUAAGUCUUUGAUCCUCCGGGCGCUCGUUAUUUAUUUCAUUAGUACCUUCUUCAGGAAAAUGCAAUCCACUCCUCCAAAAACCACCACCGAUACCGGAGUUCGAAUGCAAGCUAUAAAUAUGUUCCAAAAUGGAACACCAUUUGAUCUCAGCGUUUAUUUGUCCGAGUCAGAAAACUUUCACUUCGACGAGCCCAAUGCUCUGAUAUGGUCUGAACCUGGUUUAAUAUAUGAGGAUUGGUAUAAUUCUGAGAGAGUUCACGUGCACAAAUUUAAGCCUUCGGAUGGUCUUAAAAAUAAUGGGUCUAUCUAUCUUCACAUCUACGUGACGAAAAGUGGGAAAUCUCCAGAUCCUUCUUCGGGAAAAGGCGUUUAUGCAGGUAACCAGAUGUCUUAUGCUAGAAAAAUGUUGAACAAGUUCAAACGGAUCAAGUAUCAAAGGAAGCAUAAUUUACUAACUGGAGAGACAAGCGCAAACGAAGAAGAGAUUAAGAAAGCUGAAUUGUUGGACCACGAGAUCGUAUCACACUGGCACCCAAACAUGACCAUCAAUUUGGUGACGGAUCAAACCAAUUGGAUACAAGGCCAAGUACCUCCACCACUUGACAAGUACGUUCAUUUUUUGGCCAGUGGAGCGGUGUACAAGCCUAUCGUGUAUUUAAAUGACUUUUGGAACAUGCAACGUGACUAUCAGCCGUUAAACGAUACAGUUAAUGAACUGGAACUUCAAUUAACCUUCCAGCCAUUGUCAUUGUUUAAAUGGCAAUUAUAUCUGGCCCAGUUAAUGAGAAGCAAGUGGACUAUAUCCUUGCUUGGCGAUUCAGUGGACGAAGAUGACGAUAAUCAAGAUACCCUGAAGGAGAUGUUAGUCGAGACGAAUCCAUACCUACUAGGACUGACCAUCGUUGUAUCUGUUCUUCACAGCGUGUUCGAGCUCUUAGCAUUUAAGAACGAUAUCCAGUUUUGGAACAAUCGACAGUCCCUGGAAGGGUUGUCAGUUCGGUCGAUAUUUUUCAACGUGUUCCAGUCCAUGGUCGUCCUUCUCUAUGUCCUAGACAACGAAACGAACGCAGUAGUGCUCAUUAGUUGUGCGGUCAGACUGUGUAUCGAGAUCUGGAAGAUAAACAAGGUGGUCGACAUCCGAAUCAACAGGGACUCAAAAGUGCUGAAAGUCUUCCCGAAGAUAACAUUCCAUGACAAAGGAUCGUACGUGGAGUCCUCGACGAAGGAGUACGACGGGCUCGCCUUCAAAUACCUUUCCUGGGCCUUGUAUCCCCUGCUUGGAGGAUAUGCGGUCUACUCUCUGAUGUACCUAGAACACAAGGGCUGGUACUCGUGGAUGCUCAACAUGAUGUACGGGUUCCUCCUUACAUUUGGCUUCAUAAUGAUGACGCCACAACUCUUCAUCAACUACAAGCUAAAGAGUGUGGCGCACCUGCCCUGGCGCAUGAUGUCCUACAAAUUUUUGAACACCUUCAUCGACGACAUCUUCGCGUUCGUCAUCAAGAUGCCAACGCUCUACAGACUAGGUUGCUUCAGGGACGACAUUGUCUUCUUUAUAUUUUUGUACCAACGUUGGAUCUACAAGACCGACCCGAAGAGGGUCAACGAGUUCGGCUUCUCCGCCGAGAUGGAGGCCGAGUCGUCGGGUAGCGCCGAAAAGCGGGCAAUCGGCCCUGCCGAGAGUGAGAACAAAAAAACUAAAUGAUCGCGAAAAACCGACUAGAGGCGUGGCUCUUCGCCGAGCCAAAAAGAUAGGUUAGGUCACGGAACUUGCGAUUGGUCGCAGCCCGAAGCGAGGAAUUUUAUCGGCAUCGAUGUCGAUUUUAACUCUUUGCACUAUGAGGUCACCUCUGGCGUGAACAAACUAGGAAAACAAUUAUAGUACAAAGGGCUAAAGUCCUUGCGUCACUAACCUCGAAAUGGACCUUUCCUUUUAGGUUAACUCUAAGAGAAAGUUCUAGACGAGGCGCCCAACUGCCGAAACCUCGCAGCUACUAGUUAGGUUAAUUUCCGUCUUUCGAGGGCUGCAACACUGGCGCAACUUCCGCUUCCUGGUGUAUUAGAUCCAUGUAUAGUCGACGCGUUUCCGAGCCGAGCGAAGAAAGAUCGCUGUUAAAAGAAAAAAACGCGACCGACGACGCGCGUCGCGGUGCGACGUUUCUACUCGUCUGCAUUCGUUAUAGAAUCACUAAGCACGCCGCCGAGGCGUGUGCGUUUUAAAGAAUCCAAGUGGCUGGUUGUCCAACGCAACGAUUACCUUGCAAUAACAAUAAAUUCCUAACUGUGUUCCACGUUUGGUUUCCUGGGCCUAUUUCCGCCUCGAAGGGACCUCGACCGUUUUUUUCUCGUUGAACUUCGACGUUCCGUUUAGUGUUAACUUCAUUUUUAAUACAAAUUCCCUGCCAACUUCUACGCGUCCCGUUGAAGUUCACUUCGGUGUAGUGUUUGGAGAGAAUUGUAAAACUCCAGUGCACCACCAGGAAGGACGGAACGGAGAGUCUUCGUUUUAAACAAACAGUGGAUUUAUUCACGCCCAGAGGAUUCGCAUCUCCCAUAGUUCGGGCUCGAAAUUCGAUGUGUAAAUCAGCGAUGCUUGUACAAGACAUCCAAUGAAGUAUCUACGACUACUAA